GUUACUGCUCCCCUCUCGCAACAUCCGGCUCCGCUCGCCUAGGCCGCAAAAACCCUAGGCCUUGCCCCCCGACUCCUCCUCUCCCAUGGCGACGCCGGCGACGGCCGCCUCCGACGCGACCAACCCGGAGGCGGCGGAAGUGCCGUCCGCUGCCCCGGCGUCGGAAUCGGAAGGACCGUUCGAUUCCGGCGUCGUCGCGGCGGCAACGACACCGGCGGUGGUGGAUAGUGCGGUGGAGGGAGACGCCCCGGCCGCUCCCGCUCCUACCUCCGGCUCCGGUCCUGCGGCGCCGUCUAUGCCGGCGAAUCCGGCGUCUCCUGCAACUCCAGGGCCCCCGCGGCCGCAGUUCGCCGGGUCGCCCGCUUACGCGAGCCCCCCGGCGCCGGCGUUCUCGUACAACGUUCUUCCGAGGCCGUCACCCCGGCCGCAGGUGGGCAGUGGUGCGGCCCAGCAGCAGCUAGCUUCCCCUCCGGCCAUGAUGGCUCCUUCAGUGGCUGCUGCAGCUCUUCAGCCUCCUGUCCCAGGGCAAUAUUUUGGGAACAGGCCGUCUUUUUCAUAUAAUGUAGUCUCGCAUGCUAAUGCUGGCUUGCCUACUGGUCAGCAGUUUCAACUUGACACCGGCACAAACCAUGCUGUCCAAGUUUCACGGUUUGUUCCACCAUCAUCCUUGCAACCUCCAGCUCCUAUGAAUUUAGCUCGCCCAAGUUCAGCAUUUCCAGGAGCAGGAGCUAUGCCACCAAAUCCUCCUGGAUCUAUUCGCUUGCCAUUUCCAGGUCCACCCAGACCAUCCAUCAAUACUUUUGUUGCAAGCCCACAACAGGCACAGCCCCAGGCAUCUCAGUUACCUUCAAACAGUGGGAGCUCAGAUGUUAGCACUUCCAGGUCUGAUACUCGAAGUGUCCCAGAGGCUAGUCCCCAGACCAUGCAGUUGUCGACAGGCCCACCAUCAACAAGUACUGCUGGAAGUCCUUCAAUCACUGUUCAGAUGCCAACAAAUCCAUCACUUCCAACUCGCCCGGAGGUUUUUGGGGCCAUUGGUGCUUCUGUACCUGGACAACCUUCCACAAUCUUGUCUGCUCCACCAAGCCUCCUUGGGAGACCUAUGACUCCAUCUGCUUCUCCUUUUCCCCAAACAUCGCAGUCUCCAACUGCUUUUCAACAGCCUGGUCAGCAACAGUUGUACCCCUCCUAUCCUUCAGCACAUGGGGUUCAACCUCAGCCUCUAUGGGGAUAUCCCCCACAGCCUACUGGUUUUCAGCAACCCCCCUUCCAAUCAUACCCAUCUGGUCUUCUAGGGCCUCUUGGUAGGCCGAUGGUUGGGAGUUCUUCUGUGACUGCAUACUUGCCAAGCAUACAACCACCCGGUGUCUCAACAACUGACAGGGAUUCCAAGGAGCUAUCAUCAGCAAAUCCUGGAUCUGAGCAGCCCACUCAACAGGGAAGCCAAAACAGCGAUCAGCUCGAGGACAAAAGAACUACUGCCAUUCAGGAUUCAGAUUCAUGGUCUGCACACAAGACAGAGGCUGGUGUUGUAUAUUAUUACAAUGCCUUGACUGGAGAAUCAACUUAUCAAAAACCACCUGGUUAUAAAGGGGAGCCUGAGAAGGUCGCAGCCCAGCCAGUUCCAGUUUCUUGGGACAAACUGGCUGGCACUGACUGGAGCAUAGUAACGACAAGUGAUGGAAAGAAAUAUUACUAUGAUAAUAAGCUAAAGGUUAGCAGCUGGCAGCUUCCACCAGAGGUGGCUGAGCUCAUCAAGAAUGCCGAGUCUGGUCCAUUGAAAGGAAGUUCAACUUCGCUGCAAGAUGCUGGCACGAUAGGGAAUAAAGAGGAAAUAAGUAUUGAUAUUGAUACUCCUGCUGUACAGACAGGUGGCCGUGAUUCGUUGCCACUUCGACAAACAGUUGCCCCUGCAUCGUCUUCUGCUUUGGAUUUAAUAAAGAAGAAAUUGCAGGAUGCUGGCGCUUCCAGUGUGCCUUCACCUCUUGCUACUCCAUCUAGUGCAUCCGAGCUGAAUGGGUCUAAAACAACUGAUGCUGCACCUAUGGGACAUCAAGUCUCAAUUAGCGGCGAGAAAUCAAAAGAUAACAGUGGUGAUGGUAAUAUGUCAGAUUCCUCUUCAAAUUCAGAUGAUGAGGAACAUGGCCCAAGUGAAGAGGAGUGUACUCGUCAGUUUAAGGAGAUGUUAAAGGAAAGAGGUGUAUUGCCAUUUUCAAAGUGGGAAAAGGAACUCCCAAAAAUAGUGUUUGAUCCACGUUUUAAGGCUAUUCCAAGUCACUCGAGGAGACGGUCUACAUUUGAGCAGUAUGUUCGGACACGUGCUGACGAGGAGCGGAAAGAGAAAAGAGCUGCUCAGAGAGCUGCAGUGGAGGCGUAUAAACAGUUACUAGAAGAAGCAUCCGAGGACAUCAACUCCAAUAAGGAUUACAAGGAAUUCAAAAGAAAAUGGGGCACUGAUCCAAGGUUUGAAGCCUUGGACCGAAAAGAAAGGGAUGCUCUUUUCAACGAGAAGGUGAAAUCGAUUGAAGAGAAAGUUCAAUCAGUGCGCAAUGCUGUGAUAGCUGAGUUCAAAUCAAUGCUUCGAGAAAGUAAAGACAUAACCUCUACUAGCCGUUGGACCAAAGUGAAAGAAAAUUUCCGGAGCGAUGCAAGGUACAAAGCCAUGAAGCACGAAGAAAGAGAGGUUGCUUUUAAUGAGUACAUAGCAGAACUAAAAUCCGCUGAAAAGGAAGCAGAGCAAGCUGCCAAGGCCAAACUGGAUGAACAAGCCAAGUUAAAGGAGAGGGAGCGCGAGAUGCGGAAAAGGAAAGAAAGGGAAGAACAGGAAAUGGAGAGAGUAAAAUUGAAGAUCCGAAGAAAAGAGGCCGUGUCUUCAUAUCAAGCUUUACUUGUUGAAAUCAUAAAAGAUCCCAAGGCAUCAUGGACAGAAUCCAAACCAAGACUUGAAAAGGAUCCACAAGGCCGUGCAGUAAAUCCUGAUUUAGGUAAAGGUGAUGCAGAAAAGUUAUUUCGUGACCAUGUCAAGGACCUGUAUGAGCGAUGUGUUCGGGAUUUCCGUGCGCUCCUAUCUGAGGUGAUAACUCCAGAGAUAGCUGCUCGAACAACAGAUGAAGGAAAGACUGCAAUUAACUCCUGGACCGAAGCAAAAGGUCUUCUAAGAUCUGAUCCUAGGUACAACAAACUGGCAAGUAAAGACCGGGAGUCUAUUUGGCGGCGCUAUGCGGACGACAUGAAGACAAAACUUAAACAGUCAGAUAUGAAGGAGAGAUCAGAUACAGAUGGAAAGCAGCGUAGGUCCUCUGAUCCGCCAAGGCGGAGAUAGCUUUUAGAAAUGCCCACCUGUAAUUCGCUACUCAACAUUAUUGUUAACAGUAGUUCAGAUUCUGUUUACACUUGUAACAAUGAGGGCGUCAAAUUAACUGGAAAUUUUGAAGCAUCCAUGUUCUGUGAGUUUUUUGGCCAUUCAAUUCUAUGAGCCGUGCAUCCAGAUUGCA